AUGAGCAUGUCGAUAUUAACUUAUUUAUCUUUAACUAAAGAUAUUAACGGAAUCGUUACACUAAAUGACGAACAUCUUCGUACGAUCCGUGAUGAAUUUAAAGAGUUAAAUAAGAAUAACGAUCCGGACGACGAAGUACUCAAAGAGACAACAUUGAAAACGCUAGCUAGACAACUGCGUUUGAAUACCGAUCAACGCAAUAUAGACUAUUUAAAUAUUUGUGUAAAGGAUGAAGAGGUAGACGAUGCAAAACUGGAAAUUAGUAUAAAAUACAGAGACAGUACAUCGGAAAUUGUUGAACCAAUCAUCCCCAUACCAGUUCCCAUCACUACUGAAUCAACAAAACAGAAGAAAUCAACAACUACUAAAAAACAACCAAAGAAGUUGAAGAAUAAGGAAUCACAGGCCAAUCGUGACAACGAUGACAAAUGUAAGCAGUUGGACGAAAUUACAUGUAUUAUAAAUAAAAAAUUAAAUAGGUCUGAAGUAGACGAUUUAAUGAAAGAAUUUCUGUUUCGACGAGUACAACAAGAAGAUGGACAGGCAGUGGUGUAA